AGUCUUCUCCAACAACAAGACCUAAAAGACAACACUCUCUGCAAAUAGGUCUCGAGGAGAGAGGAUACCCAAAUUUAGGUUAUGCCUCUUCUGAUAUCCAAAAUGAGUUUUCUAUAUGAAUAUUCUGUUAGAGGCUAUAGGUAUUACGUUGAAAACCUAUUUUAGGUUUGGUUCCCAAAUGCAUGUCCUGUUAAAGACAAGCCUGAGUGGGCCAAACAAAGUCUCCCAGUCGCAGUCGCAGGACGCGCUAAUUACUCUAUCAGCAGCCAAUGCAAAGGAGGAAGAAGGUAGGCGGAGGCAGGACGACACCAGGAUGUUCCGAGCCCUGCAACUCAUCCUCAGGAAGAAGGGAGGAGUUCUCGGCCCAGCUGCCUCGUCCGGCUUCGUCAAUGGCUUCUCCUCGGCUCCCAACUCUCAGAGGUUAGCUGGAAAGGUAGCAGUCAUCACCGGCGCGGCGAGCGGAAUCGGGAAGGCCACCGCCGCCGAGUUCGUCAGGAACGGUGCAAGGGUCAUCAUUGCCGCGGAGCUAGGCCAGGACGCCGCGUGCUACACCCGCUGCGACGUCACCGACGAGGCGCAGGUCGCCGCGGCCGUCGACCUCGCCGUCGGCCUCCACGGCCGCCUCGACGUCAUGUUCAACAACGCCGGCGUCUUCGGCGACGUGACGCCGACACCGCUGGGCUCCAUCGACCUCCACGACUUCGACCGCGUCGUGGCCGUCAACGCCCGGGGCGUGCUCGCGGGCGUCAAGCACGCCGCGCGCGUCAUGCUCCCGCGCCGCGGCGGCAGCAUCAUCUGCACCGCCAGCACCACUUCCUUGUUGGGCGGCAUACUUCCACCCGCGUACACCGCCUCCAAGGCGGCCGUCGUCGGCCUCGUCCGCGCCGUGGCCGCGGAGGUGGCGCGCUCCGGCGUGCGCGUCAACGCCAUCUCUCCGCACGCCAUCCCGACGCCGCUAACGAUGGCCGCCGUAGCACAGUUGUUCCCGGAGGGGACCGUCGAGGAGCAUAGGAGGAUCGUCGAGAAGGGCUACAACGAGAUGGUCGGGCCGGUGCUGGAGGAGAAGGACGUCGCAAAGGCGGCGCUGUACCUGGCGUCCGACGAGGCUAAGUACGUCAACGGCCACAACCUGCUCGUCGACGGCGGGUACACGGUGAGCAAGGCGCCCAAUAUAACGGCGGCGCCAGGACAGUGAGGAGUCAGCAAUGGAUCAUGGAUUAUGAACGUGACUAAAUGCAGACUAAAUAAAGGGAUCCGAGUUGGAAAAUUUCAGGUGUCUGAAUUUUAGUUUUUUUUUAAGAUAAUGUUCAUUAUUAGUGAGGAGUCAGCAAUGGUUCAUGGAUGAACGUGACUAAAUAAAGGGAGUUGGAAAAUUUCAGGUGUCCGAAUUUUAGUUUUC